AUGUUGGCAUCACGGCACGCGAGAGUAGUACAGUGGCUGCACUCGCAGCCGCAGAUGCACCACAGAGACAACAGAGAACACAUCGAGAUACGACAAGAUGGUGCUAGGAUAGCUCGCAUCGUCACCUUGACGCAUGCAAUGCCCAUCGAUGAACAAACUGCGACUUCCUCGCCAAACCCAAAUACCCCAGUGGCUUCACUACCGAAUCCUAUCACUGCGCCAACAACACUGGUGACAAUUACUCGACCUCCAGGAGGCGGUGCUACUGCUCCGCCAUCACCAUCUGUCGAUUCUGUGUCGUCGGCUUCAUCGACUGCAUCAUCUGCGUCCGAAGAAUCACCAUCGACAACCCCGUCACCGCAAUUCCUCACUCUGGCUCCACAGGCAACAUUGCCAACUCAGCUCUCUUCCUCGCCUGCUGUUUCUUUUCAGUCGCUCUCGUCUACAACGUCUGAAACUUCCUCAACUCAGCUCGGAUCUACCCAACAGGCAACGUCGUCAUCUACAUCCUCGUCAUCCACAACGGCGUCACCUGCACCCAUUCCUUCGACUUCAGUGGCAGCACUGCCAAUUGCGCUGUCUUCUUCGUCUACUUUCACUUUACAGCCUAUCAAGCCUACUAGCCCGCCGCUCUUGUCGACAACGUCGAUAAUCCCCACAGCCCAGCUCGUAUCAACCACAUCUCUACCACCACUCACGACCACACAAAUCCCAGCCGUAGGCAAUAUCCAAGCACCAGAAAAUGUCAACACACCUGCAGGGCCACCCGAUACUGAAAAGAUGAUGCCCCUGGGCGCUGCAUUCGGUGGCGUUGCUGGGUUUGCGGGUCUUUUUACAUUUGGGCUCUUAAUUUAUAAAUGCAGCAGCAAGCGUAGGAGACCUCCUUAG